UAAUACUUUUCAGAAUAAUUUAACAUAACCAGAUAAAGAUAUAUUAUAUACAAACGCAGUUAUAUCCUACUUUCAAAAUACACAAUAACGAUGGCAACAGUUAUCCCACUUGUUAUUUUUUAUAAUUCUUGUAUUGUUUGUCCAUGUUUGGCAUCGUCCUCGUAUAGUUACAUCAGCGCAUGCGCGCCAAAGCCACACACUUACGUCUUACACUACAGGCGCACACGCAAGGACGUGACAUCAAUGAAUAAGGCAGCUGACACAAUGAUGGAAGCAUAGAUGCAGACGACAAGAUAGAAUGGAGGAGAAUCUUGCUGCUAAAUUAUGCCUACUUUUAGAUGAACAAGCUUCUGAAGCUGAACAAUGGAAACUUCUUGGUCAAGAGAAAGAUGGUUCAUUAUUACUUGGAUGGAUAGAAUUUAUAUCAUUAGGCAAAAGUCAUAAAUCUUAUUCUGUGAUAGGAAGAUAUGACAGGGUGAAGGAUGAAUUGCAGGUUUUACACAGGUUUUCUAAAACACUGAAUUUAAUUCAAGCAUCAGUUAAUCAAUAUUGUUCUUUAUUGGGAUAUGUAAUAAAACAGAAAUUGGUAUCAGACUCAAUAGUAAAUGAAGUUAAAGAGGAAAAUGACCGUGAAAAGGUAACAGAAAAUAAUGGCCAUGCAUUUGAAGGUGAAACAUAUUCAAAUACAGAGCUUGAAUAUUAUCAUGCUUAUAUCAUGGAAUUUAAGACUGAAGAAACAAAAGUACAUACUUUAGAAAAUGAUAAAUUAAAACAAAUUAGAAUACAAUUUUUGUACAAUGAAAGACCAUCUAAAGCUUUAGAUAAACUUUUAGUUUUAGUUCAUCAAGAAUAUAUCCAAAUGCACACUGUUUUUUACGAACCAAAAUCUGAAAUAUAUAUAAUAAAAGAAUUAAAAAAAGAAACGUUAGUCAAAUCUUUCAUAUGGGCACAGUGGGAUGCUACGAAUCAAGUACUUUACCAUAUCCAUCACAGAAAAGCGGCAGUCAGUGUAUUCACCGAAGUUUCUGUUGACAAAGAACACAGGCCUCCCUGUGCUUCUCCUACACUUAGCGGUUUCCAGUUUCACGACGAUCUUCCCCAUGAAACUGUGUUGAAUAUUCCAUUAAAUUUACCACAAACACCAAGUUCUGAUAAUUGCGGUACUUAUGAAGACGACGUUAUUCCUUUAAGAAUUCACGACUGCUCACUCGAUCUCAUAGUGAUCUCGGAUUACAAAGGCAUCGUUUGCGUUUGUCAUCACUACCUCUACCGACCAGUACAACCGCCGCAGCACGUUUUGGAGUCUGCAAUGAGUGAUUUAAAUACAGUAUACUUUGCUUACUCUAUCACACUACUCCAUCACAGCUGUGUGAUACAUUGCGUCGUACCUACAAUACCUUGGGCUCGUGCCAAACUGAUGAGACCGACCUUUGCCCUCUAUGGUGACAGUCACAUGGUGGUGUUCGUUCAAGACUGUUUCACGCAUCUGUUAGAAAUUGGACUCCAUCAUCAACCAUGCUGUCAUAUCCUCUGUGGUCCACUUACAAAUGUUCCUCUGCAAUCUUCUUACCUCGUACCUCUUCUUACUUUAAACAACGAAAGCAACGAUGUCAAAACCAAAUUCUCUGUGAAUGCCGAUGCUGAUUUGAGUCUGAAUGGUAGCAGCUGCAAUAUACUAACGAUAGAUUUACCUACGUUGGAUCUAGUCUAUUUGAAUGUACCUACUAGUUUUCUUAUUGACGUUUUUAAGAAAGAAAACUCGACUGAAGUACGCCUCGGUAUUCUUCACUACUUUUUAAGCCACAAAAACGACCUGGACAUCGUAAGCGAUUUGAUCUCGGUCAUAGCUGAAAAGCCUCGUGCUUUGGACAUUGCUAAAAUCAUGCAAGAGUUUUUAAUAAGUGGAGCACACUCGAUAGUUCAAAAAAAUUUGCUUUCUGAUGCUGUACCUCUAUUAUCUUUAGUACCAGUUACUACCAUGGAUGAGUGUUCAAAUUUUAAAGCAAAAAUCGGUGAAUUCACCGUGACUCUAAGCCACGAAAAACUAUGGAAUACUUCAGUCAUGUUAUUGUCCCCGCAGCAGCGGUUGGUGCCAUAUCGUAGUGAUCUAUGGACACGAUUAUGGGAUCUACUUAGUAAAAGGAGUGACGAGCUACCGAGAUUCAAGCCUAGUCAGAUAGCAGAAAAAUUGGCUGUGUCGUUGGCUUGUUACCAACCUGAAGCCUUGUCCCGAUGCAGCACUCCAAUGUCACCGGGUGGAGGCUUUACUGUAACCACUGCCGCACUCGGCGAACUUAUGGGAAGCCGUCAUAAAUACAGUGACUCAGCCUUGCCGUUUAUCGAAAUGGAAAGCUGUACAGCUUCCAAACAAGAACACAUUAUCGCUGUCAAUUUACGAGAGCUGUCUCUGCAUCUACUUCAGUACGGCACAAAAAAUUCUAUAGGGCGUAUAAGAGGUUCUUGCACUCCAUUACACGUACAUGCCAUGUCCACGAGACAUGUCUCUUCGCAGCUCGAAACCUCAAGACUUUUAUGCCAGAUGCUCUGUAAAGCAGCGAACGUUGAUUCUAGAGUCGAACUAGAACGAGGCUUCUGUCUAAUAGAUCAGUUGGAAGAUUCAAGGCGAUGGUUGAUGUUUACUUUGCUAGAAAGAUAUCGUUAUGCGACUGAAAGUAUUGCAUUUCCUGUUCCUCAAGGCUUUAUGUCUUUUCUUACUUAUCUAGGAUACCGAACUGUGAAAUACUCCAUGUUUUUACAAUACGUCCAACAUUCUGUUUUUGAACUUCAAGUCGACGUUGCUAAAAUUAUUAUGGCUGACAUUGGCGAUACAAAGCAAAACGUGCCCCGCAAAUUGGAGCUUCUACGUCUAUUGCCGCGAACACGAGCGAAACGGUUGCUAAAUCAAUGGCUACAUCCCAUGAGCUUCAUGCUGAGAGCGAGAGAGCACGCGGCAAACACUCUGUCCGGCGAGUUAUCCCAAUCGCGCAGCAGACUUCCGCAGCAUCGGCAUCAUCAUAACGGAAUAUCGGCUUUCCCCUCUACCGACCGACUUUCUCCACUUGACACGUUCCUUGAUUUACUCACGGCCAAAGCUAGCCUUACAGAGCUCGACUUUGGACUGCUUAUCGAGGCUACAGUCACAUCAACUGAAGACUUCGUUUAAAGUGAUAACAUAUUGGUGAUAUAUUUUAUACUGGUUUACCUGACGUUGCUUUUAUUGACUUGUUGUAAUGAAUUUUUUGUUAACGCCGUCCAUCGAUUUCGUUCGUUACGCUCUUUAAGAAUUAUAUAAGAAUAACAUGCCAUUUGUUUAUUAUUUUCUGUAACAAGUAUUAUGUGUAUUUAUUAUUGAUGAAUUGUUAUCUUUUGUUAUUAAUCCUUUGUUGAAUCAUAAUAAAUUUACAACUC